GCUGGUCUGACAACUGACGUCCUCUUCCCCCCCUUUACUCUCUUGAAGAAACCAACAACAACAACAACAACAAUAACCCAUUCUUUUCGACGAAUGCCAAACAACCUUACCACGACCGACGACGAUAAGGACCAGCGGAAUCCUCGCUGUGAUUAGACUCGGACGAAUUGCAAGACGGCCGAGCCGAGUUGCCCGUCAAAAUGUCUCUCGUCAUUCCGGCAGGGGGUCUGGAGCUGGAGACGUCGGUCGACAAGAUGACCAGUCUCCCGCUCCAGGCUUUUGCCAUAACUUUGAGCGAUGACAUGCUGGAGGAUCUGAUAGACAGCUUCCAAAAUGGACAGGAGAUCGAGUUGUCCCUGGGGCAGUCACCGGCUUUUCUCUACGGCGGCAACACUCAACCUGUCACUCGAAUACCCGAGAAUUUCUCCUACGAUCUCUACGUCACCGAUCCAAACUCACCCGAAAUCGCUAGCCUUGCACCCAACCCGACGAUGCCACUAUUCAAGAAACCGCACCUUAACUAUGUUAAGAAGCCCAAGUAUAUGCCAAAGGGCUUAAUUGACGAAGAUGAGACUCCGGAGCUGGGAGCUUUGGAGAUCAUCGAGAACCCGGAAAAGUCUCAGACGUCCUCACAGUCCAAGAGCUCUUCACUUCAACCUCAGUCUGCGCUGAACAAGAAGCCGAAGCCUGCAACGACGGGGAAGAAGACAGCGGCUAGCAAUGCGAUAACCAUGUCAACACAGGCUCGCUCGCGUCCUACAAGUCCGGCAAUCAGCGCCGUCGGCUCUCCUCUUCCCGAGUCGUCGAUCGAGUCUUCGCACCAGCAAAUCGUGAAGGAGGCCAAAGAGCUGCGCGCACCGCUCAUCCACGCUCUCGCUGUUCGGGAGAUGACAUAUGACGAACUCUGGGAGAAGUGGGGCAAGGGUCGUGACGAUGAUGACGACUCGAGGCGAGAGUUCCGUAAUAUUCUGAACAAGGUCGCCGAUCAGGUCAAGAACUCUAACAAGUACAUGAUGAAGAAGAAUCACUGGAAGGAGUUGGAUGUUUGGAAUCACAAUUACGACUCGGAUUCGGAUCGUCAAACCGCCAUCGACAACGCUGUGCGGCACUUUGACAAGAUGCGAAUUGGUGCCUCGGAGCCAGAGUGGCAGAAGCUGUUGCCGUUUGACGACCGUGGAAAGGGCAAAUGUCUGAGCAAGCUCCAGGCCUCGCUAGCCAGGGGCCCUAAAGGACUCACCGUUCACGUCCAGAAUGCAGAUGAUACGAGCGGAGGUGGUUCGCCGGACACGGACAAUCGCUCCAUCAGCGGGUCGCAGCCCAUGUCUAGGUCGAGCUCACAAAACAAGCCCAAGAAGACAGCCGAAAAGAAACCAGUUGAAAAGAAACCAGCCGUGUCAGCACCGAAAAAGCCGGCGGCACCCAAGGUUUCUCCCUCCAAGCCCGCUGCCAAGCCCACUGCCAAGACGGGAGCCAGAGGACCGCUAUCAAAAGAAAUCAUCACGGAUUCUGACGAAUCCAGCGACGAAAUCCCGCUUUCACAGACAAAGAAUGUGGUCAAAAAACAAGCGGCACCUGCGGUGAGGGCUCCCAAGCCUCCGGUAUCUGCGCCGACUUCGGGUCCUUCGUCGCUUCCCAAGAAGCCCCCGCCACCUGCGGCACGCGAGCCUGCUAAGCCACAGAUCACAGCAAAGGCGCCGGUCAAGAGACCCCGCGAGGAGGAGGACAGCAGUUCCAGCUCGGGCACACCUCUUGCUAAGAAAUUCAAGGUCAAGGAACCAGUGAGGGCACCAAAAGAGCCCAUCAGGGCACCGAAGGAACCUAUCAGGGCGCCCAAGGAAACCACCGUCAGGGCACCCAAGGACGUCAUCCGUGCGCCACGAGAGACGAAGCCGAUCAAGGAAGCCAAGGCUGCACCGUUGCCUGUCAGCAAGCCCCGUCCGGCAGAUUUGAGCCAGAGCACGUCGAGAACCGGAAGCUCAAACAUUUCAUUCAACCGAUCGAAGAACACAUCGCCUGCCAAGUCUUCGCCUCUUGCAUCAUCGCCUCCAACCAAUGCCUCCGAUAUCGAUCCGGCUGAGGAGGCCAUGAUUGCCAAUGCCAAUCGCAAGCGCAAGGCUGACGCAUACUAUAAUGACUCGUCCUCGACCACUAGCAGCAGCAGCAGCAACGUGCAAACUUCGAGCAAGAACUCGAUCAAGAAGCGCACACACGACGAUGACGUGAGCGCGAGCAGGCGAGGCGCCGGUAGCAAACUUUCCCCGGAUGUUGUGGCUAAGGCACGGCGCUUCAAGGAGGCUUACUCGGAUUAUGAGCGACUGCACUACGAGCUUUCGGGAAUGAACAACCCAGAGGAAAGCAAACUCAAUGAGCUCAUGAACAUGCACCGCAGGUUGGAAAAGAUGAAAAAGGAGAUUUACUCGACUACAGGCGCUGCUUACAAUGGGGAUCGUGGCCGUGACCGCGCCCAAAAGUCUGGAGAGCAGAAGCGGAGUAGCGCCGUGGCCAGCAGCCGCCGCGAGCGCGACGAGUACAGUGACUAUGGCCGGCAUUGAGAUUUGACGAGGCGAUAAAAGUCGAGCGAUACAGCGCCGGUAAUAUUAUUCUUGGCAGCGAUUCGCUCCUUCGCAUCUCAAAACGUAUUGCUGAUACACGUCGAUUGACUCGGAUGUGCUUCUGCUCCCAGACUCUGAAGGCGACGGUGGACCUCAAACCCGUUAGCCGGUGUUGUCUUGAUUAUUUCCCGAGGAGUGUUUUUUUUGUUUUCAUACUUGUGCUUUCUUUUCUUUUUCUUUUCUUUUUUUGCUUUUUAUAUGAUCAUUAUACUGCAUGUUUCCCAAGUUUACCCCGGAGUGCGGCAAAGAAGCAACUCUUGCACAUUUCAUUUCAUCAUUCUAUGGCGCACCUUGAUUCUGGAGUUCAUGGGUGGCAUAUAACAAAUCACAGCAUAUUUUAUCUUUUCAUGGAAAAUGGUUUUUGGAUUUACUACUCCCCUUGCCCUCUUUUUCCUUUGCAUUAAUCUUAUACGAAUAACCUGAGGAGCAUAUCAUUGUAUGAUCCUUUUAUCGAUUACACUCUCUUCGGGACACGGGCAUUUGAAAUUGAUGGAUGCCACACCAGGAUACACUUGGUAUUUCUGUCCCAUGACGAAAACUGGAUGGCGAAGGGGCUCGAAAACAGAGGGUUGGGAAGAUUGUGAGGGACGACGAUGGUUAUUGCCAAGGUUGCUACUCUGCUUGACUAGUUCUAGUUGAUUGGUUUGGAUCAGCUACUUGACGUUUGGGUUACUUCGCUUGCAUUUGACUCGAGGACUCAUGUUGAUUUGCAUAGAGUCUCAUUCAGUGUCUCUAGCAGGUUUAGAGCAAUGGUUCAUUUAGCUACCGAAUUGAAGACAGAGAGUUAAGCUCACAAGCGUGUCACCAUAGGCUGUCGACAGCACAUACUGGAGACAUUUGGUGAUGAUUCAGACUCGGCAAAUGAG